UUAAACAGUUGCCUACGAGCCCAGGUAGGGUGUGCUGGCUUCUAAAUAAGCAGCACAUUCACCGUCCCCUUCAGGACGGGAGGCAAGGCUGCAGAGUGUGAAAUCAGACUAAUACAGUGGCGUAGGACUGAGCAGGAGCAGGAAAAAGCUCCCGCAUGACUUACUUAGACUAGAAGGGUAGAGAGAGAAAGACAGAAAGAGGGGGAGAGAGAGAGGACAAGAACCAGCAGAAGAUAAAAAGGGAUUGGACAUCAGAGAUAAAAGGGGAAAAAAGGCAGUAAGGACUAUGAAGACUCAUUUUCCGUCUUUCACUGUGGGUUGCAGCCUGGUCGGCUUGUGAAGAAAAUAUUCAAGCCUGUUCUUCCCCCUGAAGAAGCUCUGGACCAUAGGCGAUGGCAGCAUCUUGAUAUGAUGUUCAUGUGACCCGGGAGUCCCUAAAUCCCAAACUACAUAGCUUUAGAAAACCUUGGAAAUACCUGGAAUUCUAGGAUUAUCUCACCAAAACAUAUACAGGUGCCCAGGCACCCAAUCAAUAGCUUUACACUCUACAUUUUUCUGCAAACAAAGAAGGACCAUCUGAAUAUUAGCAGUAGCUGCUGGCCAUCUAUGUCCACAACGAGCAUGCUGAGACCAAGAGGGAGCAACUUUUCUGCAUGCUGACUUCAAACAAACAGACCCCUGAAAGGAAAGAAGUUAGAGACGCUUCGCUGAAUCGGACACUAGGACCAAAACCUCCAUUAGGCCUGGAUGCGAUGAACGCCUCAUGUAGGCAUCAGCAUGGAAAGCUGUGAGUCUCCCGUGGUUUCUGGGACAGAGGAUGGGCUCAGCUCCUCCCAACAGCAGCAACCACCACAGCCCUGGAACGAUCACUCUAACUCACAGGUUACUUGCACCAAACAGGCCCCUUCUCUGGAUGCCCUGUCCCUCUCUGGAUCUUACCCUUCUCAGCCCACGAACUCCAUUGCCCCUCAUGACGGGCUGAGAGACCUACAGUCACAGCAGUUGCAGCCAAAACAGACAUUACCUUUGGCCCACCUUGAUAAUUCUGCCAUUGGCCAACUGCAUUCCAGGAGAGAGCGUCUUGAAGGCGUGGAGCAGGAGGGAGCAAGCUGUGGAGAAGAGGAAGAAUCAGAGGACUUAGAUGAGAUGGAGAUUGACAGCUGUUUUCCAAGUCUUCAACCUUUCCCUGGGAUGCCAAUAACCUCAGGGGGAGGAGGAAUGCCCACUCUUUUGCUACAUCAUCCCAAGCAACAGCAAGAACCACCUGAGAGUGGAAGUGAUGAAGGAGAAGAGGAAGAGGAAGAAGAGAGCAGUGAUGUGGAAAACUUGGCUGGAGAGAUAGUUUAUCAGCCCGAUGGCUCAGCCUACAUUGUAGAGAGCCUCAGUCAACUGAUCCAAAGUAGUGGUGGUAAGGUACCUGGCCUGCUCCCUACAAACUCUGUCACAAGUGGGGGGAAACCGGGAGAACCGGCUGGGGCUUCGUCCUCAGUCUACCCACAGAUCAUCAAUACUUUCCACAUAGCAUCCUCUUUUGGGAAGUGGUUUGGUAAUUCAGACCAGAGUUUUCCCAAUACCUCAACAAUGGCAGGCCUUAGUCCUGUCCUGCACAGUUUUCGUGUCUUUGAUGUGCGGCACAAAAGCAACAAGGAUUACCUGAACAGCGAUGGGUCUGCAAAGAGGUCCUGUGUUUCCAAAGAUGUUCCCAACAAUGUGGAUUUUUCCAAAUUUGAUGGGCUAGCCCUUUAUGGCAAGGGUAAGCCCAUUUUAAUGUGUUUUCUCUGCAAGCUGUCCUUUGGCUAUGCUCGUUCCUUUGCCACUCAUGCAGUCCAUGAUCACCGCAUGACACUGUGUGAAGAUGAACGGCAGCUGUUAGGGGACAAGCAUGCCUCUGCCAUCAUCCAGGGCAUUGGAAAGGACAAGGAACCCCUUAUUAGUUUCCUGGAACCAAAAAUUAGGAGCAGUCCUCUGCCACCUACCCUGCUACCCAUUAACUCUGGACAGAGCUUCUAUGGCACAUUUAGUGGUGUCCAUCUAGAGCCUGGAAACAGCAGUGGGGGCAGUGAGACCCUUCUGAUCAAAGACUCUGACUCUGGCCUCCAGCAACAGCAGCAACAACAAACACCACUUAGUUCAGUUCUUUCUAUAGGUGGACGAAGUGUUUCCCAAGCAUCCGCUCUUACCUCUUCUCCAGGCUCUGCCAAAGACUCCAAUGCCCUUCCCAAACAGGGAUGCAGAAUAGAGGAGCCUGUGGGGAAAGAGCUGGCAUGCAAGGGAGAAGAUGGAAGAACUGAGGGACAUGAAAGCAAUGUGCAGCUAUCCAGCCAGUUGGGGGGCUCAGAAGAAGAGGAUGAGCUGUUAUUAGGGGAAGAGGAAGAUGAGGUGGAGGCAGAAAGCACCGCAGUGGCCUGUGGGGGUAAGAGUAGCAGCGGUGGGAGUGAGGCGGGGGAACAAGCUGUCUCAAACCAAAGCAAUUCCAAAUCUCCUUUAUUAAUGCCUAGUAGCACUCUCCAGCCUUCUGCCUGCACCUCUGCAGUUGGUUCUGCGCUCAACAGCAAAGCCCUUGCUUCCAUUUCCUCCUCUGUCAAGGAAGAGGCUUCAGCUGCAGAUGGUGGGGGGAGGACAUCAGAGCUCCCUCUGAGCUUUAACUGCCAGGGACCAACUGUUCCCAUGGCUCUAGCGGCAGCUGCCGUCAGAAGGAGCGAGGAUGACAAUGCUGGCACUUCUUCCUCACCUCUGUCCACCAAUGCUGCUGCUGAUGAAAGUGCCAAUCGAGAUAGUGCCACAGCUCCAGAACCAAAUGAUUGCCCAGCAGAAGGAGAGGAGGAAAAUGGAGCCCUUCUGCAUCAUCACCACAUACACCAUCAUCAUCAUCACCUGCACCCGUCAUCUCAUGGUCACCCCCUCCCCCUCCCAGGGGGUUCUUGUGAUAUAACAGGGAUGGGUGACUGUUCACAGAACCACGGCCAAGGUGGGAGUGGAGGAAGUGGAGUAGAAUGCCCCAAGUGUGAUACUGUUCUAGGUUCAUCACGCUCCUUGGGGGGUCAUAUGACCAUGAUGCAUUCACGCAACUCAUGCAAGACACUAAAAUGUCCCAAAUGCAAUUGGCAUUAUAAGUACCAGCAGACAUUGGAGGCCCAUAUGAAAGAAAAACACCCAGACUCUGGGGGCUCUUGUGUGUAUUGCAGCAGUGGUCAGAGUCACCCUCGUCUGGCUCGUGGAGAAAGCUAUACCUGCGGAUACAAGCCCUUCCGGUGUGAGGUGUGUAAUUACUCCACUACCACAAAAGGCAACUUAAGUAUCCACAUGCAGUCAGAUAAGCACCUGAACAACAUGCAGACGCUGCAGAAUGGAGGCUCUAUUGGCUCUGCGCAGGAACAGGUCUUUGGACACACUCCAGGUGGAGUGGUGGCUGUGCCCUCAGUGACCCAGGCCAGCAGCCAUCACAGUUCUCACCAUCAUCCAACGCAGUCGUCCUCUCAUUUGUCUGUACCAUGUGGAGCUCCAUCACCGACCAAGCCGAAGAGCAAACCUACCUGGCGGUGUGAAGUUUGUGACUACGAAACCAAUGUUGCACGGAAUUUACGCAUCCACAUGACCAGUGAGAAGCACAUGCACAACAUGAUGCUCCUCCAACAAAACAUGACUCAGAUGCAGCAUGGGCGACUUGGAAUAGGAGCCAUGACUUCGCCAUCUGAGGCUGAGCUUUACCAGUAUUACCUGACCCAAAACAUGAGCCUUCCACCAGGCCUUAAGAUAGACCCAGCUGGACCUGAGGCCCAGUUCUUAAUGGGGAGUUUUCAUCUUGAUCCCAGCAUGGCUACCUUGGCUCCUGCACUUGGUGGGGAAGUCCCAAUGGAUGUGCGUCUUGGUGGUGGGCAGCUGGUAUCCGAGGAACUUAUGACCCUUGGAGAAAGCCUAUCACAGACCACAGAUCCAUCCCUCAAGCUCUUUCAGUGUGCUGUGUGCAAUCGCUUCACCACUGACAACCUGGAUGUGCUAGGCAUGCAUAUGGGUGCCGAACGCAGCCUGCCAGAGGAGGAGUGGCGUGCUGUGGUGGGAGACUCUCAUCAGUGCAAGUUGUGCCACUACACCACACAACUUAAAGCCAACUUCCAGCUGCAUUGCAAAACAGACAAGCAUGUGCAGAAGUACCAGCUUGUUGCCCACAUCAAAGAAGGGGGCAAAGGCAAUGAAUGGCGACUAAAGUGUGUGGCAAUAGGCAAUCCGGUGCACCUAAAGUGCAAUGCCUGUGACUACUACACUAAUAGCCUGGAGAAGUUGAGGAUGCACACAGUCAAUUCACGACAUGAGGCCAGCCUCAAACUGUAUAAGCACCUGCAGCAGCACGAAAACGCUGUGGAGGGUGAUGCCUGCUACUACCAUUGCGUUCUGUGCAACUACUCGACCAAGGCCAAGCUCAACCUCAUCCAACAUGUGCGCUCCAUGAAGCACCAACGCAGCGAGAGCCUCAGGAAGCUACAGCGCUUGCAGAAGGGCCUGCCGGAGGAGGAGGAGGACCUCAGCUCUAUCUUUACCAUCCGCAAAUGCCCUUCUUCAGAUACAGGAGAGCUGAGCGAGGAUGUGGAGGCUGCUAGUGAGACCACCACAGACCAGGAGGACCAAACCAAAGACAGAGAAAGUGGGGGGGAGAAGGAGCUCACCAAAGGGACAGGUGUGCCCGGCCACUUGGAACGGCACCAGUCGGAUUCUCCUCUUCCCUCAAAAAGGCCCUCUUCACGCUCAGAGACCUCUGAGAGCCCACUCUCCUUAAAGCGUCCAAGGACAGCUGAGAAGGAAACUGUGGAGCAGAUGUACCAGUGCCCCUACUGCAAGUUUACCAACACCGACCUGAAUCGCCUCAGAAUGCACGUGAUGACCCAGCACUCUGUUCAGCCCAUGUUACGCUGCCCGCUGUGCCAGGACAUGCUCAACAAUAAGAUCCACCUGCAGUUUCAUCUAACACACCUCCACAGUGUUGCACCUGACUGUGUUGACAAGCUAAUAGCCACAGUAACGGCCUCUGAGGUUCUACCAGCAAGCAUGUUUAUACCGGUGCCUAGUCCAGACAAAGAGUCCCACAGCAAUCCAAUUGCUACCCCCAACUCCAACUCUGAGGAUACAAAAAAGCAGCCUGAUGCCACAGAUGCUGAACCAGAGAAAGGAAUGUCUCUCACCACUGACAUUGCUGAAUCGCGCAAAUCACCUUUAGAAGAUCAGCAAUCAGAAAAGGAAGACGCCACAGGAUUUCUGUGCUGGAAGAAAGGCUGCAGUCAAGUUUUUAAAUCUUCCAACUCUCUCCAAAUGCACUUCAAUGAAGUUCAUAACAAAAGGCCGCAGUUGCCGGUUUCUGAUCGCCAUGUCUACAAGUACAGAUGUAACCAAUGCAGUUUAGCGUUCAAAACUGUGGAGAAACUGCAGCUUCAUUCACAGUACCAUGUGAUCAGAGCAGCAACCAUGUGCUGCCUUUGUCAGCGGAGCUUCAGAACUCUACAAGCCUUGAAGAAGCACUUAGAAACAAGCCACUUGGAGCUGAGUGAAGCUGAUAUCCAGCAACUUUAUGGAGGAUUGUUGAUGAAUGGUGACAUUAUGGCAAUGGGAGAUCUAGCUCUAAAUGAGGAACAUGGAAGUUUGGGAGAAGAUGACAAAGAGGGAGAUGAAAGUGAUCCAGACGAAAAACAGAGUCCAACAGGCAGUGAUUCUGGCUCACUGCAGGAAGAUUCUGGAUCUGAACCCAAACGUGCACUACCAUUCAGAAAGGGCCCCAACUUUACAAUGGAGAAGUUUUUGGAUCCAUCUCGUCCAUUCAAGUGUACAGUAUGCAAAGAGUCUUUUACACAGAAGAACAUUCUGCUGGUCCAUUAUAACUCUGUCUCCCACUUGCACAAGGUUAAAAGAGCUCUUCAAGAAUCUACUACUGGUCAACCUGAAUCUACCAGUAGUCCUGAUAAUAAGCCAUUUAAGUGUGGCACAUGUAAUGUGGCAUAUAGCCAGAGUUCAACUCUGGAAAUCCACAUGCGCUCUGUUCUACACCAGACCAAAGCAAGGGCUGCCAAACUGGAAGCAGCUGGAUGUAUCACUAGCUCUGCAAGUGCUACUGGUCUAAUUAGUGGAGGCUCCAGCAUUAGCACUUCAUCAACUAGUCCAAGUCCAGCCAGUAACUCAACUCCUAGCUCUGCAAACCACAGUUCUUCAGUAUCUCAGGCACCUCAGAGUAUUCAUGGAGGAAAUCACAUGAACCAGGCUCAUAGCAUUGAAAGUAUGGGGAAUUCUUCAACAAGCUGCCAUUCUUCAACAACUGAGAGCCAUGAAGUGAAAAAGGCUAAAUUUACAGAGAUUCUUUCUGCAAGAGGGCAACAACAGCAGUUUCAGCAACAACAGCAAUUAGCUCAGGCACAAGCCCAGGCUCAAGCUCAGCUUCAGCAAGAGCUUCAACAACAAGCUGCUCUCUUACAAUCCCAGCUUUUUAAUCCAGCACUUCUGCAGCACUUCCCAAUGACAACUGAUGCACUUCUCCCACUGCAGCAGCAGCAAUUGCUUUUCCCUUUCUACAUCCCUGGAGCCGAAUUUCAACUUAACCCAGAUAUCAACAUCAGCAACUCUGUACUUGGCCUUGCAGGAUCUGCAGCUUCUACCCUGCAAGAAGAGUUAAAAAACUCAGCCCAGCAGGCCCAACAGAGUUGCCUGCAGCAGCAAUUAAUGCAUCACCACCUUCAGCAGCAGCACCAACAGCAGCAGCAGCAACAACAAGCUCACUCACAGGUUCAAGGCCAGAUGGCUUUGCUACAGCAGAGUGGAUCUCUUCUCCAGCAGGCUGAAAAGAAGCAAAAGAUUUCUUCCUCCAAAGAUGAAAAAGAGAAAGAAAUACAAAAAGAGAAAGAGGCAACUGAAAAAAUUGAGGACAAUGUGAGCAAAGAUUCAACUGAAAACAAACCAAAAGAGAAAAAGGACAUACAGAGCAUUUCACUAAGCAUUAACCAAGAUACUGGUUUGCUUCCACCCAGGAUUGCCUCAGAUGCUCGAGGAAAUGCAACGAAGGCCUUGUUAGAAAAUUUUGGAUUUGAAUUAGUUAUUCAAUACAAUGAAAAUAAACAGAAGGCUCAGAAAAAAACAAGUGGAUCAACAGGAUCAAGUGGUCUAGGUGGAAUACUGAAGGUUGUGGACCCCAUCGAGGGAUUAGAAAAACUGGAAUGUGAGGUGUGUGGCAAGCUGUUUUCAAACAUACUGAUUCUAAAGAGCCACCAGGAGCAUAUCCACCAGGCUUUUUUCCCUUUUCGAUCCUUAGAGAGAUUUGCUAAGGAGUACAGAGAGCAUUAUGAUAAACUAUAUCCGCUAAGACCUCCAACACCAGACACCACUCCUGCUGUUCCUCCUCCUCCACCACCACCACCUCCUCCUCCACCCCAAAGAGCUCCAACACCAAAUAUUCCAGUCACUACAGCCUCACUCACUCCUCCCACUGUUCCUCCUCCACAGCCCCCAGUUCCAAUGACUCAAAUAUCCAUGCCAAUGGAUUUACCCUUGUUCUCUCCACUUAUGAUGCAGCCCAUGGCACUGCAGUCUUUGCCCACUCAGUUGCCACCUCAAUUACCAUCUGUUGAGCCAAGCCUGGCCUCAGACUUGGCUCAACUCUAUCAACAACAGCUAACCCCUGCUAUGUUGCAGCAGCAAAACAAGAGGCCACGGACACGGAUCACUGAUGACCAGCUUAGGGUUCUGCGACAGUACUUUGAUAUAAACAACUCACCGAAUGAAGAACAAAUUAAAGAAAUGGCAGAUAAGUCUGGGCUGCCACAAAAAGUGAUAAAGCACUGGUUUAGAAAUACACUCUUCAAAGAACGGCAACGCAACAAAGACUCUCCAUAUAAUUUCAACAAUCCUCCAACAACAACUCUAGAAGAAACAAAAAUUGAUUCCAAACCUCCUUCCCCUGAACCUCAGAAACAUGAGCUCUAUGGAAGCAAAAGGUCAUCCAGGACCCGCUUUACAGACUACCAGCUGAGAGUUUUACAGGACUUUUUUGAUGCAAAUGCCUAUCCUAAAGAUGAUGAAUUUGAGCAGCUCUCAAACCUCUUAAGCCUUCCCACCCGUGUUAUUGUUGUGUGGUUCCAAAAUGCUCGACAAAAGGCAAGAAAGAAUUAUGAAAACCAGGGUGAUGGGGGUAAAGAUGGAGAAAGGCGAGAACUGUCAAAUGACCGAUAUAUUCGUACAUCAAAUCUGAACUACCAGUGCAAGAAAUGCAGUCUGGUUUUCCAGCGUAUAUUUGACCUGAUAAAACACCAAAAGAAACUGUGUUAUAAAGAUGAGGAUGAGGAUGGGCAGUAUGACAGUCAAAAUGAGGAUUCUUUGGAUUUUUCCCAUGACAGCUAUACUCCCUCUGGGUCUUCCUGUCACACACCAAUGCCCUCCUCUUCAAGUCUUUGCCCUCUUCCUCCAACAACAUCAGCUUUUUCACAACUCUCAUCUGCUGAAAAAGAGGAAGCUUCACCAGCAUCCACCUCAAACCUUUAUGAUGAAAAGCCAAAACAGUUACUAGAAAUGUCUUCUGAAUCCCGAGAUACUGAAACUUCUAUUAAGCAAGAAAUUGUGCUUCAAAACCAGUCUGAGCCACAACUCAAUAGAUCUCAAAGAGAUGAAAAGAUUCAUACUGUCUCUAAGGCUGUCAAGCAUUCUUCGUUGUCUCAGCAACAUCAACAGUGUGGCCCUUCGUCCUCCCAAACAACUCAAUCAUCACAAAGCUCCCAUUUGGGUCUCAAUCCACACCUGUCCUCUGCCACACAGCAGCUGGCACAGCAGAUGAUACCAUACCAGUGUGAACAAUGCAAGAUUGGCUUUCCUUCCUUUGAGCACUGGCAGGAACACCAGCAACUUCACUUUCUCUCUGUGCAAAAUCAAUUCAUCCAUCCUCAAUUCCUUGACCGCCCCAUUGACAUGCCUUUUAUGCUCUUUGAUCCCAGCAAUCCUCUCCUUGCGACCCAGCUUCUCUCUGGUGCAAUGCCUCAGAUACCUAGCAGUUCUGCCACCUCUCCUUCCACGCCAACCUCCACCAUGAACUCCCUAAAAAGAAAGCUAGAAGAAAAGGCCAGUACAAGCCCUGGAGAAAACGACAGUGCAAAUAGUGGAGAGGAACCACAGAGAGAUAAGCGGCUCAGAACCACAAUUACACCUGAACAACUGGAGAUCCUUUAUCAGAAAUAUUUAUUAGAUUCAAACCCCACUCGUAAAAUGCUUGACCACAUUGCUCAUGAGGUUGGGUUGAAAAAGAGAGUGGUGCAAGUGUGGUUCCAGAAUACUAGAGCUAGAGAGAGAAAAGGGCAGUUCAGAGCUGUUGGGCCAGCCCAGGCUCAUCGCAGGUGCCCCUUUUGUAGAGCCCUUUUCAAAGCAAAAACUGCCCUUGAGGCACACAUUAGAUCUCGUCAUUGGCAUGAAGCUAAACGUGCUGGAUACAAUUUAACUCUUGCUGGUUUGUUACCCGAGCAAGAGAACAUGCAAAUCAAAAUGGAUGUUUUAGAUACAUCAGGCUAUUCCCAACUAGCCACAACAGUGAAUAGUGAUGGCCAAAGCUCUUCCAUGUCUCCAGUAAACAAAAGCAUGGAUCUGUCUCCUAGAGGUCUGCUGAGCCCUUCAUCCAUCAAAGUUGAAGGAAUGGAAGAUUAUGAGGGUGCAACAAUGUCUUCUGUGAACCUUAGCUUUGAUCAAAACAAACUGGACAAUGAUGACUGUUCCUCUGUAAACACAGCAAUUACAGACACAACUACAGGAGAUGAGGCAAAUGCAGAUAAUGACAGUGCUGAUGCAAAGCCUAGCCAGAAUAGCGGUGAUUACCUUUCCAAGUCUGUAGGUUCUGCCACUAUACUCGAAACUGAUGACCAAAUGUCAUCAGGGCUAGUAAGCCCAGCAACAAGCUUCUAUGCUAAGGACUAUGAAAAUGAAAAUAUGAUUGACCAUAGUGAAACAUCCAGCCUGGCUGAUCCCUGUUCACCAAGUCCUGGAGCCUCAGGUACCAGAAGCAUUGACAGUGGAGACAGACCAGGCCAAAAGCGCUUCCGGACUCAGAUGACUAACCUCCAGCUGAAAGUGUUAAAGUCUUGUUUUAAUGAUUACAGGACACCAACCAUGUUGGAAUGUGAGGUGCUCGGCAAUGAAAUUGGACUCCCAAAGAGAGUGGUUCAAGUGUGGUUUCAAAAUGCUCGUGCCAAGGAAAAAAAGGCAAAGCUUAAUAUGGCUAAGCACUUUGGAAUAAACCAGACAUCUUAUGAGGGACCGAAGACUGAAUGCACAUUAUGCGGCAUUAAGUAUAGUGCUCGCCUUUCUGUGCGUGAUCAUAUAUUCUCCCAGCAACACAUAUCUAAGGUGAAGGAUACCAUUGGGAGCCAGAUUGAUAAAGAAAAAGAAUAUUUUGACCCAGCUACUGUUCGUCAGCUAAUGGCCCAGCAAGAGAUGGAUCGCAUUAAGAAGGCCAAUGAAGUUUUGGGUCUGGCACAACAGCAGGCCAUGCAACAGCAGGGGAUGUUUGAUAACUCUGCUAUGCAGACUCUGAAUCUCCAAUCAGCGUAUCCAAAUCUCCAAGGCAUCCCACCUGUUCUUUUGCCAGGGGUCGGCAGCCCUUCUUUAUCCAGCUUUAAUUCAUCCAAUUCAGCUUUAACUCCUCCAAAACCUUCUAACCUCCUGAACAUGCCGGGUGCCAGUGUUCCCUCACCAAGCCUGCCCACUUCUGGAUUACCUAAUAAACCUCCCUCUUCAGCAUCUCUUGCUGCAUCCAGCCCUGCCCAGAACAACACAUCUGCUUCCCAUUCAAGCCCCACCCCCACAUCGACCUCUACAUCAUCAACAACACCGUCUGGCUUGCGACCUGGACCUCACAAGGAACGUGAAGUUGAGAGUUUAAGAGAGAAAGAAAAAAUAAAGGAAAAGACAGAAAAAUCUUCAACCCCAUCUUCAACUGGAAGUACACCAGCUCCUUCCACUUCUGCUACCAGUGCCAAGAAGGAGAAACCAGACACAGCAGUCCCUGCCACCUCUAUGCCAACACCUGGCAUGGAGUAUGUGGUAGACCCUGCCCAGCUACAAGCUCUGCAGGCUGCUUUGGCAUCAGACCCUACAGCUCUACUUACUAACCAGUUUUUACCCUACUUCAUGCCAGGCUUUUCCCCUUAUUACACCCCACAGAUCCCCGGGGCUCUUCAGGGAGGCUACCUACAACCAAUGUAUGGUAUGGAAAGUCUCUUCCCUUACAACCCAGCAUUAUCUCAAGCACUCAUGGGCCUCUCUCCAGGGUCAUUAUUGCAGCAUUACCAGCAAUAUCAGCAAAGCUUGCAAGAGGCGCUACAGCAGCAGCAGCGGCAGCUUCAGCAGAUCCAGCAACCCAAAUCAAGCCAAACUACAGUUCCAACCCAAAAUUUAGGGGAUCGCAAAGAGUCCACCAAAGAUUCUGUCAAAACAGAGGAGCAAAAAAGUAACCCCCAGAGAGAAACCCCCAUAUCAUCUUCGUCAUCCUCCUCCUCCAAUAACAAAGUACCCUCUGAACAGAAUGAGAUAGAUAACAAAGCUAUGGACCUUCAUCUAGACCAGUACAUUGUUCCCAAAGUGCAGAGUAAACUUGCCUGUCGCAAGUGUCAAGCUGUUUUCACCAAGGAAGAUGCGGCUAUUACACACAUCAAAUCUAACUGUUUCUUUGGUCAAUCUGUGGCAAAUUUGCAAGAGGUGUUGCUGCGUGUCCCCGGUGGCGUAGGUGUUGGGGGCGGAAGUCUAUAUGACUGCCUGGCUUGUGAAACUACGUUGGAUGGGGAAAAAGCACUCAGUCAACACUUGGAAUCGGCAUUGCACAAACACAGAACAAUCAAGAGAUCAGUCAGAAAUGCCAAAGAGCACGCUACUAGUUUAUUACCUCACUCUUCAGCCUGCUUCCCCAGUCCUAACACCGCAUCUACCUCGCAGUCUGCCACUCAUCCCAUCAGCAGCCCAUCUCCCCUGUCAUCGACAUCAGCUACCAUGCCAUCCUCUGCUGUGUCUACUUCCCUGUGCUCCUCCUCCAAGGCCCACCUUAAUACAGCAGCUGCCAGCAAACCCUGGCCACAGGCCCCCUUCUCUAGAGCUUCAUCUGGAAAGUCCAGCGCUAGUCCAUCCUCAUCUUCCUUUCCUCCAGUGUCCUCACCCUCAACGGUUACCUCAAGUUCAUUGAGCACCUCAGGAGUUCAGACCUCGAUACCAACAGACGUCUUUACCGACGAGUCUGACUCUGACAGCAGUCAGAAGUCAGCAGACAGGCAGGGCAGGUCGGCAGAGGAGCUACAGCAGCCUACCUAUGUCAAAGACAGUAAUAGUUGUAGUAGUAACUUGGCUAGCGUAGGAACAGACUCCAUCAGAUUGUAAAAGAGCUUUCAGUGAUUGAUAUUUAAAAAAAAUACAACAAAAAUGACAAAAAAAAUAAUAAAAUCAUAAAAGCAGCAAUGUUAAAAUACAAUUAAAGUAUACAAACCAAUUUCAGAAAAAAAAGAUGUGUAAAGACUUACUGCAAUUCCAAAGCUUGUAACCAAAAAAUUUUAAUGUCAGUGGAUUGUUUUCCCAUAACAACAUGCUGGUUUUUAUUUAUUUUUUUUUUCUUCUUUUGUUUAUCCCAACUGAAAUUCAAAUGUACUAAGGUGUGAGGACAUAAGAGAUCCAAGAUCACUGCUGAUAUAUGUAAUGUAAAGGUAGAGCAAUGCUGUACUCUAUGGCAAUGGACUGCCUCAAUGUUGGCAAAUGGCCUAAUAGCCCUUGUUAAGGAAUGCAAAUUACCAACCUAACACUUUCUACUUAAGAGCACAGUCACAAAAGCCAGUAUGUAUUGUAUGGGAGAAUAGUCUGUUCAUUCAGUUUUCUUGCUACUUAAGCAUUCUGAUACCAAUGGCUUGCAAAGUAAAAAAAAAAAAAAUGUAAUGUCUAUUUUAUUCUCAGGUCAAGAGCUCAACGAUGUUUUUUCUGUUACAGAUAUUCAUGUUUGUUUUUUUUCUCCAACAAGAUGAGCAUCUUGUUCCUUCAAGUUGAUUUAACCACAACAUUUUAAGUUAAAUUGAAUUUUAACAAGGCAUUUUGUAAUGGGCAUUUUAAAGAAUUGAUUUGAUAUUCCUAAUUUUAAAGUCUUCUUAAAGUGAUCAAAUCCAAUUAUAUUAAGAUAAAGAAAGCAUUGCAGACAUUGUAAUGGGCAAGUAAAAAAUGUUUUGAUAAAAAAAAAUGAAAUAAAACCUGUAUUUAUAGAUAUGAGCAUUUUUGGUGUUAAGUAGAUUGUUGCAUUGGAAAUGAAUUUCAACAGUAUGGUAGGUUGGAAAAAAAAAACUUUAUGUACAUUUAACUUUUGUAUUGUCUAAUUUUAAGACACUUCAUUUGAUGUUGACUUGGUCAUUCCAAUAGUCUAGGUUAUUGAGAGGUAACUUGUCAAAACAUUGUUUCUGUAUUAUUCUCAAAUUUUUGUGAAAUAUUCUCUGGAAUGCCCCUCUUGAUAAGGCAGGAUCCUUUUUUAGGAUCAAAAUUUAUUUAAUUUUGAGAUGUGGUUGGUGUUGUUCAAACCAAACGAUCGUGGGUGAAAUACUGACAGAUUUAUUUUAUUUAAUUUUUGUUAACUUUGUGCACUUAUCAUUGUCUGACUCCUACUUUUAACUCCUCUUGUUUCUCUUUUCGCACUUAUUUUUUUUUUUGUCCUGUAUUUGUAGACAUUUAUCCUACAAAACAGGUCUUAUUUUCUUCAUAUUAAGUGACUAAGGUGUUCAUUUUUGCUUUGUCUUUUUUCAUAAAUCAAAAAAGAUUACUACUAAUAAUUCUCACGCUUUAAGACAAAAGAAAAUCCAAAGACUAAACACUUUCACCAUUGGUGCAUAAAGAUGAGAAGAGAGGCUUCUUUAUACUUGAGAAUUUGUUGCCGUCUUUUAAGGAAAGAACAUAAAGUUUUAAAAGUUAAAGGAGUACGUAUCCAAGUUGCCGUUUCUGCUUGUUCGCAAGCAAGUUGGUAGCUUUUUUACGUAAAUAACCAAAAACCAAAAAGGGCCCUUGUCCUUGCAUUGUUGAGUAGCACCGUUACAGAGCCAUUGCAGUUUGUAAGAUAGAGGUUAUUGAUCUUUGUUUGACUUUUGUCACAUUUAAAUGUCCAUUUUUUAAAAGAAAAUGUAUAAGGUCUGGUCUUCAAGGACAUACGUUUUGCUGCUAAUGUAGAUUUUUGAAAAAACAAAAAAGAAAAAAGUAAUACCUAGAUGCAUGCUCAUUUUGCUUUUGGCUAAGCUUUAACUAAAACAAACAAUAAACCAAUUUCUUGCCUCUGCAACACCUUUUUUUCUUGUUGCAAAAACGGAACUUUGAAGACUGUGAAUAUAUGUUCCAAAGGACAUUUUGCGGAGUUUCUUUUUGAACAGACCAAUGUUUGAAGCCAAUGAUCUAUAACGUUUGUAAAGAACAGUGCAUUCCAAAUAUCACAGUGGAUUUUUCUUAAGCAAGGACUGAUCAAUCUAAUUUCAUUUGAUUAUUUUUAUUUUGCUAUCUAUUUUUCUCAUUUUUUAAUGACUUUAAACUGUUGUGUAUAUUUUUUGCAUCAUUGGUUACUUAACACAGUGACCUCUACAUGUCCUUUGUGCUGGCAUGGAACAUGGCUGAAAAAUCCCUCCAUCCAAUCAAGGUUGUUGCUUACUUGUUAAGCAAGUAACAGUGGUUACCAAAAAUGUAUAUAAUACAUCUGGUACUGAUGUGUCUCAUAGUUUUUUUUCUUUUUCUUUUUACAUUACUGCCAUUCAACGUCCUCCUAGUCUCAGAGGGAUUCAAUGGCUUGUUGAUGAGGUCUUAUCGCUCUUAUCCAUGAAGUCUACUUGUGAGUUGUUUCAUCAUUGUGCAGGGUACCAAUUCCACUCUUAGAUUACAGGUUACAGGGCAUCUUCAGUCCAAAGCAUCUUCUGCAGAAGAGUUAAAAGUUUAGUUGUUUUUUUUGGUUUUGUUUUUUAAAGAUGCCCCUUGCUUUCAAAUACUCCGGAUCCAUUCAUAUCCAAAGAAGUCAUCUAAUUAUUUUUACUGCAAUGGAAAUAGUUGUGUAUAGGUGCCCGCAUCUUCUCAUUGGUGACGUUAAACUCAAUAUUUUCUAAACCAAAACCAAGGUGUCUUUAAUUUUUUUCUAUUUUUUUUUUGGGGUGGGGGGGGGGAUAAACAAUUUUUGGCCAAUAUUCAACCUAAUGAAUACAAGGCACAAUCUCUAAAGUAUUUAAAAAGUGCUACUUCUGCCAGAGAAAUGUGAUACGGUGUUAAUACCAUGCUGUGCUGUUCAAGUCAGUAGAUCUGGUCUGCAAACUUGAAAAUUCUCAAAUCCAGUUUCUUGGAGUACUGUUGACGUGUGUACCUUGUUAUUUUGAAAGCAAUUCUUAAGUUAUACAGUUUACUGUCUCACCAAUCUUUUGUUUUCAUAUUUUAUUUUUCAAAGAUUGUUAAAUAUGUACUGUAUUGUUUUUUUCUCUCUUGUGUUUGCAUUUUGCCUUAGUUUCUGUAUAUUACUUUUAAUCAUAAAUUAACACUAGCUUUAAUUUGAAAUGUUGAAAUUUAGAAAAACAAACAAAAAAAUGACAAGACCUGGCCACUUUAUGGUGUGACAAUGUUCUUUAUAUUCAAUGUUUCAAUGUUAUCGUUUGUUCUCUGUUUACUCAAAUUGUAAUCAUUCAGGCUCUUUUGUGGACCACAAAGUCAAGGUCUCCACAACAGAUUAAUGCCAGUAUGGGUGUGUUUUUGUGUGCCUGUGUGUAUCUGUAUGUAUUUCAGAAGAGCCAGCAUCAAUUCAUUUUGUUUUUCCUUGUUACCCUUUUUUGUUGUGUUACACACCAAAUAAACAGAACCACAAAGCUGGAUUGUGAUUUAAAUUAUAAACAAAUGAAAAUGAAACAAAAUAGCUCUUAAUGAGAACAAUGAACCCAAAGCACUGAGCAGUUUUAACUUUGAUUGAAUAUGUUAAUGUGGCCAAAGCUUUAUGCAGUUGUGACAAAAAGAGACAAUUUCUGCCCUUUACAAGUGCAUAUUUUAUUGUAGAUUCAAUAAAAUAUACGUGAGUAAACAUUGGGAUAGACUUAAUGGACGCUUACAUGAGAAAGACAAGAUUUUGUUGUUGAGGUAAUUUUUUUGCCCACUGUGAAACAUGUACCUGUAUACAGAUAUAGAUAUAUUUAAAGACAUCUUUUUCUGUUCUUUUUUUGUCUUUGAGAUGAAGAAAGAAUAAGUAAAACAGACUCUGGGAAGCUUUGGAGACCUCUUUAGGAGGAUGUAAGAGCCUAUGGGCACCACAAAACUGGGCACGGGAGCCAAGGCAGGCUCAAAACAGCUUUAAAAAACACCUCCUCAUUCGAUAACUGACAUCUCUGUAAAAGGAAUGGACUCUGGAACCAAUGGACUUGUGUGACUACGCAGAGAGGGAGGUCACUAAAUGAAACUGAACUGAAGUGGCUCCAGCUGCCUCUAACCCCCUCCCCCAUCGGUCCUUUGUUUCUCUAGUUCUCCUUCAGCUUCUGCUCUUUGGUGGACAUUUUUCAGAUGUCAGGACAGUAUGGACAGAGAUGCUUGCGUCAUUUCUUCCUUUUCGUGUUGCUACCUGUAUAAUUUCCUUGUGCUUGUCUCUGGCUGACAAGUACAGCUCUCUAGUCAAAUGGCGACUCACCCCUCUCUAUGUUACUUACAUAAACUAAAUAGGGAAAUUGAUAGCAUAGUGAGGGGAUGAGUUAUCAGAGCUGUUAUUCCUAGAGGCAGACACAGAAAAAAGCGUAAUAACCAAAAUUACCAACCAAACUAACAACCAAACAACCAUUUGCUCCAGCUUCAAAGAUGAACUGUUACCUGGAGUACUCUGUUCCUUUUGUGACUUCUGGUGCCACAAUGUUUUUUUUUAUGUUUUUAGUUUUCCUUUCUUUUACUCCUCUUCUGAGCCUCAUAAGCAUGGCUCUGUGGCUCCAGGAAGCCCAUCUGAGGGUAGAAAAAAACAGCCUUGCAAUGUACAAAAAAGAGCAAGUUAAACCAAAAAUGUUGUUCUUGAUGUCUUUUCUAUACUGUAGUCUUGUUAGUUUUUUUUUGUUUUGUUUUUUGUUACUGUAAUCAUAUGAAGAUUUCCAGACUGUACCAAAUGACAUGGAAACUAACAUACAUACAACCACAUGGAACUUCAGACUUUUAAAGAAACUUUUGUCACAAAACCUUGUUGUCCUAGUUAAGUUGAUUGUAGAUGGUAAUUGAAUAUACUCCUUUGAAAAUAUUUCAUCAAGUAUGUUUCUUGCUCAUUGUGAUACAUUAAAAAAGUAUGAGCAUUAAAUGGA